AUGGACCCCAACGACCCCCUCGCGCGCCUCCUCGCCGGGGCCCUCGACUUCCUCACCUGGCUCGUCAUGCUCCCCAAGCAAGGCUACGUCAACCUCAUGCGCAACAGCGUCGAGAUGUGGGACGGCAUGACGCCCUUCAAGUAUAUCCGCAUGAUCGCCAUCCUCGGCGGCUACCUCUUCCUGCGGCCGUACCUGUCGCGAUUCGGGGAGCGGGCGCAGGCGAAGCAGCAUGAGAAGGCGGUGGCGCUGGCGCGGGAGAAGGAGAAGGAGGCGCUGGGUGCGAAUGCCAUUCGGGAUGGAGAUGUCCGGGCCGCGAAGGGGAAGAGCGUGAAGUUUUCCAAGGGGAAGGAGGAUGCGGAUUCCAAGGGCGAGAGUGUGGGAGAGGGAGAGGGGGAGGAGUGGGGCAAGAAGGCGAGGAAGAGGCAGAAGGCGGUGGAGAAGAUGGUUGAGGAGAGGAUGAAGAGCGAGCAGGAGGAGAAUGGCGAUAUCGAUAUCAUGGAGCACCUGGUGGACUACGAGGAGGGGGUGGAUGGGUGGUAG